UGACGUAAACAAAAACAAACGUGCAGUUGGAUGGCUGGUUUCUUGUAAUCUAUUAAUUUUUAAUUAUUUAUUGUAAUUGUAAUUAAUGCAGAAAUUUUCAAUCAAUUUGUUAUAAAUAAAAGUAUUUUGUUAAGAAUAAAAUCAUGGCAUUUAUCAUAAGGUUUGCCAAAGGCGUUCGAAAUAAUUGGAAAAAGUCGACGUUUUUGGUUGGCGCUGCAGCAUACGGUAUUUCCUACUCCCGGGAAAAGUAUGAAAUCAAGCAGUUGAUGCGACACUACUCCACCGAAGCAUCGAAAUACGGUGAUAUUCAGAUUGCUGCUAAUCAACGGCUACAAAAAGUGCUGGUUCUACUCAAUCCAGCCGCCAAUAGAAAAUCGUCCGAGGAAGAUUUCCACGAUUAUUGCGAACCAAUUCUGCACUUGGCUGGCUUCGAGGUGGAUAUUGUCAAAACCGAUUCCGAAGGUCACGCACGUCGGUAUGUCGAGGAGUUGGCAUCGCUCCCGGACGCUAUUCUGGUAGCCGGUGGUGACGGCACCGUUUCGGAAACCAUUUCCGGAUUGAAAAGGCGUCCCGAUGGGGCUCAGUGUCCCAUUGGAGUGCUACCGGUAGGAAGGACAAAUAACCUGGCCAGCGCGCUGUUCCGAAACAGUCCAGAACGUACGACGCUGGAAGAUGUUCGAGCAAUGGCAAAUGCUGCCUAUGCGGUAGUGGCAGGAAAGAAGCAAAAAAUGGACGUUAUGAGGAUUGAGGUGCUGCCCAACGAGGUGGAUGAAAAGGUUCCGGAGAAACCGGUUUAUGCCGUUGGUAGUUUGCAUUGGGGAGCGUUUCGAGAUAUUUUGACACUUAGAGAUAAGUACUGGUAUACUGGAUCGCUGCGAGAGUACGUAGCGUUUCUGUUCUAUGCUUUUGAUCGAGAGCCCACGUGGAGUUGUAAGGCAAAGGUGACAAUUACGGAACCUUGCUCCGGUUGUAGUAAGUGCUACCAAGAUAGUCAACAAAAGCAGCCGAAACAGGAGCAAUCAAGCAGAUGGUGGUCGGUAUUUUUACCGAAGGCCAAGGCGAUCACACAAACAGUCAACUAUUCCAAAAUAGUGAAUGAUAAGUGUUCUGUUCCGAUUGAGAUAGAAGUUGAUCCAUCGGAACUGAUACUGCAAACUUCUAACGCUGAUCAGGAAAGAGAACAAGAUAAACCGAAGUUGUCCCUAACGAUCAGUCCGUCUGUAGAUUCUGGCUUUAGUUUUCUAAAGGAGAGUUGGUCGCGAUUAUGGAACAGACGAUACGUCGAAUGUCCCGCUGAGAAGCACAUUGAAGUUCGAACGGUAGAAUUGAUUCCUGCAAGGCUGAAGACAUCGGAGAACGACAAAGAACUGUUUUAUUCCAUCGAUAACGAAGCUUAUGAAGUAAGGCCAGUGCGAGUUACGCUUGUUCCCAAGGCUGUCGAAGUUUAUACGUUUUGAACCUGUUAAUAGUUGGUAAUAAAAGUUGAAAUUUCAAAAUAA